AUGCUGGCACCCAAGAAAAUGGUCAGAAGAAAUUCCACCUUGGUGACUGAAUUUAUUCUCCUGGGAUUAACGGAUCGUCCAGAGCUACAGCCCAUCCUCUUCGUGCUGUUCCUGGUGAUCUACUUGAUUACCGUGGGAGGGAACCUUGGGAUGAUUGUGUUGAUUAGGAUAGAUUCACGUCUCCACACACCCAUGUAUUUCUUUCUUGCCAGUUUGUCCUGCUUGGAUUUGUGCUAUUCCACUAAUGUAAGUCCCAAAAUGCUGGUGAACUUCUUGUCCGAAAAGAAAACCAUUUCCUUUGCUGCUUGUUUAGUCCAGUGUUAUUUUUUCAUUGCCAUGGUGAUCACUGAAUAUUAUAUGCUAGCUGUAAUGGCCUAUGAUAGGUGCAUGGCCAUCUGUAACACUUUGCUUUACAGCAGCAAGAUGUCCACAGGUGUCUGUAUUCGCCUGAUUGCUGGCCCUUAUGUCUAUGGGUUCCUUAGUGGCCUGAUGGAAACCAUGUGGACAUACCAGCUGACCUUCUGUGGCUCCAAUGUCAUUAACCACUUCUAUUGCGCUGACCCGCCCCUCAUCCGACUCUCCUGCUCUGACACUUUCAUUAAGGAAACGUCCAUGUUUGUGGUAGCAGGAUUUAACCUCUCCAACUCUCUCCUCAUAAUCCUCAUCUCCUACACGUUCAUUCUCGUUGCCAUCCUGAGGAUGCGUUCUGCCGAAGGCAGGCACAAAGCAUUCUCCACCUGUGGAUCUCACCUGGUGGCAGUGACUGUGUUUUAUGGGACCCUGUUCUGCAUGUAUGUUAGACGUCCCACGGACAAGUCAGUGGAACAGUCCAAAAUCAUUGCUGUCUUCUAUACGUUUGUGAGCCCUAUGUUGAACCCCAUCAUCUAUAGCCUGAGGAACAAUGAUGUGAAACAAGCUUUUCGGAAACUAAUCAGAAGAAACGUGCUCUCCAAGUAA